CAGCCAUGCUCGUAAAUGACAAUCCCAACGGGGCAGGUGAUGAGAGCGAGUAUGAAGAAGAGGAGGAAGAGGAAGAUAUUGACGACAUGUACAAGGCAGGCCAAAAGGAAGCACAAAUCUUGCAAAAACUGAGGCAGGGAGACCCUGAUGAUAAGAAGCAUUUAAUCAAACUGGAACGUACAUUUGAGCACCGUGGCCAUCUAUGUCUCGUAUUCGAAUCGCUGAGUAUGAAUCUCCGUGAUACUGUCAAGAAAUAUGGACGCGAUGUUGGUCUCCAUCUUAAAGCCGUCAGGGUAUAUGCCCACCAACUCUUCCUUGCGCUUACGUUGCUCCGUAAAUGCAAUAUUCUUCAUGCGGACAUCAAGCCCGAUAACAUCCUCAUCAAUGAAUCGCGUUCAAACCUGAAACUCUGCGACCUGGGUUCGGCAGCGGACAUUUCGUACGAGAAUACCGCGAUGGCUAUUACCCCCUACCUGGUAUCGCGAUUCUACAGAGCUCCAGAGAUCAUACUCGGCAUGCCCUAUGACUAUGCCGUCGACGUUUGGAGUAUGGGUUGUACUCUUUACGAAUUGUUCACCGGCCGUAUCCUUUUCCCAGGGCGCUCUAACCGUGAGAUGCUCAAGUUGAUGAUGGAGGUGAAGGGCCGCUUCAACCAAAAACUCGUAAAGAAAGCCAAAUUUGCUGACGUCUACUUUGACGAGGGCGGUGCAUUUUGGGAUAUCAUUGAAGGUGGCGGGGUGGCUACGAAAGAUUUGCGAUCCCGGUUAUUGCCCCGUUCGAAGGUAGAUACAAACGAUGUCGUAGCUGCGGGAGAAGAGAAGGACCUUUCAUCCUUUAUAGAUUUGCUAGAAAAGUGCCUGUUGCUGGAUCCGACGAGGCGCAUCACGCCAAAAGAAGCGCUGCUUCAUCCGUUUAUCAGGGGAGGAUGA